AGCUGCUGAAAUUCAGAACAAAAAGGAUAAAAGAUUUUGCAAAAAAUAUGUUACCAUUCACAGACAAUUCGUGAUUUAUACUUUAUUAAAAAGGAACUUCAAGAGAGACAACAUGAGAAUUUACAUAGUUCUAGCAUUUUUUUGCUAUUUAGCAUUGGCAUUGGCUGAACACAAAGACUGUAAGACGCAAUCUGACUGUGGAGAAGAUGAAUGUUGUCUUAAUAAUUUGUUUUUUAAGCGUCCACACUGCUACCCAAGAUACGGCGCAGGUAAGCGUUGUAUAACUUUAUCAAGGUAUGACGAAGACAAGGAUCAAUUUUUAGUAUCAUGUCCUUGUGUUAAAGGUCACGAAUGUAAAGGUGAAGAAGUAGAAGAAGAUGGAUAUACCAUUGUGAAGAAUCCAAAAUGCGUCUAAAAAGCAAUUUAAGAACCAGGAA